GCUCAGUCUACAUGGUACGGUCAGUCGGUCUCCUUCCAAUUCAUCUCAGAUUCCUUCAGAGAGAGAGAGAGAGAGAGAGAGAGACAGACAGACAGACAGACAGACAGAGGGAUUUCUCAAGAAAGAAGAAGGAAGAUGAUAUGAUUCUUCAGUCGGUCUCCUUCCAAUUCAUCUCAGAUUCCUUCAGAGAGAGAGAGAGAGAGAGAGAGACAGACAGACAGACAGACAGACAGAGGGAUUUCUCAAGAAAGAAGAAGGAAGAUGAUAUGAUUCUUGAAAGUUGAUUUCUUGUCAGAAAGGAAAGAAAUCUGAGGAAUUUGAGUGAAACGGGAUUAACAGAGAUGGCUUCAAGUUUUAAUGUAUAUAACUCAACAUCAUUAGCAGUAGCAGAAGCUAUAGAAUCAAGAUCUAGCACGGCUCGAGCUAGUUUUCAAUGGGGUGGAACCAUCUUUGCUAUAUUCUUGUUGAUCCUGAACCGAGUAGGACGGAAAUCAUCUUUGCAGACUACCCUUCUUGUGUUCUAUUUGCUCACAAGUUUCCCAACAGUGUUGUUCAAAGUUUUAAGAGGACAAUUUGGUUACUGGAUUGCUUUUCUUGCUAUUGCGGUUAACCUAUUCUUUCCCGAAGCCUUUCCAGUUUCUCGUUUUAUCCUAUUUGUCAUCUCGCCUGACCGGCUGGUAGAUGGAUUGCGUGAUAGCAUUGCUGGUGCUAUCUUUUGUCUCCUGAUUGGAAUUUUGUCUGUCAUAAUGGAGAUUCGAGAAAUUGCAGGAAACAGGAUUCUUGACUGUAGUUUUCUCUGCUGGGGUUAUUGUCUUGCUAUAUCCUUCUUGUUCUUCUUCACAAUCAAGUAUCUAUGCUUAGGAACUUGGUAGAAAUGACCUCCACCAAGAAAGGACACCCCCUUUCAUCUCAAAUUAUGCACCCGGGGAAUUAUUUUCUUGAUCAGUGCCUUUGCUGACUUGAAACAGCUUAAAUCUCAUGCCUUAGAUUAUUCUGUAUAAGAUCAUUCACUCUAUCAAGUUACUGCAUCAAGAUAUAGAUUACUAUUUUUUGAUAUUUAUUGUUUAGUUUAAUUAUAAAUUUGUCCUCAAAAGAAAAGGCACUGAAAUAAGCAUUAGGGUUAAGAUUGUUUUGG